GCUUCCCAAGGUAACCACCAGAAGAGCCGACAACAGUGACCGGCGCGAGUAGCACCAUAGGACGACGACAAUCAAGACUCUAGGUGCGUUAGAUGAUGGAAACCAAUGCGACACGUGCACAGGUGGAGCUUCGUGAUGUGGCCUCUCGUUGCAUCGAGCGAAGUUACGACUCCAUUCGAUCUUUGACCGCAACGCUGCCGUCAGUAGCGAGCGUCACGGACAGGCGCACCCAGACAUUAGCACAGCUCGUGGAUGCGCGCAUGGUGUUUGAGAAACUCUUGGCAGCCACGAGAUGGUCCGUGCAGACGCCGAUCGCAGAGCAAUGCACCGAAGUCCACAGGCACAUGAAGCACUUCCAAGGCCAACUUGACGAAACGACCGACAGAUUGCACCACAUGCAUGCUGCGUUGAACGAGGCCAAGGUCCCGCACUACGACUUGCAUGCCGCGAUCGACGUCCUGUACGGCGGAUCAUAUUCGCGACUGCCCCGCGUGAUCCACAACGCGACGAUGCUACCGCCGCGACGGGGGCCUCGACCGACAUCCGACGACGACGACGACAACCACGCGCGCAAUCUUUGUCGUGUGCAAGAGAUCAACGACACGAUCCGCUUUCGCUUGAUCGAAGAAGACAUCCCGGACCUCUUCACAGACAUUCGAGUCGCUGACGGAUGCGCCACGACGUUCGUCGCCGGCCAAUUCCACGUCGUGUUCACCGUGAACGGCCGCGAGCCGGACAGUCUGUGGCGCGUGGUGUCGACCCGCACGAUCCUCUCCGACGACAUCCGUCGCCCCACCGCAUUCAAGGUGUCCACCGCCAACCUCCGCGUGAUCGCCGCCAACGCGCCGACGCCCGAGCACAAUGACCAUCUCAAACACUUGGUGCAAAAGGUCGUCACGGCGUCGGCGUCGCCGUUCGUUGCCGCGUGCGCCGUCCUCCAAGACUUUUGCAGUCGCUUGGCGCUGCAGAUCCUGCUUGCGCAAGGCCACGCCCUGGUCAUCGCGCGGUGGCCCGCCGUGGACUUUCGCCCCGUUGCCGACAGCAGCAGCAAUGCCGCCCUCGACAUUGUGUACUGGAACCACUUGGCCCCGUCCGGCGGCAAACUCGCCGUCCCCCCCUCGUCCUCGUCGUCGUCGCCCUUCAAUGCGGCUUGCACUCAUGACGCCACCGCCGCCACACUGCCCGUCUCCACCGACGGGCUUUGCAUCCGGCUACACGCCCACAACAACAACAACAACGCGGCGCUGUUCUCCAUAUCGCUGCACCCGUCGCCGCCGCCCGAACUGGCGCGGUUGUAUCCGUCGCUGCUGGAACCGUUGGUGGACCUCCCGACGGACCUCAUGCAAGUCAGCGCCGAGACGCUUUUGAUGGCGGCGAUGGCCGUCCACGCCGCGAGCGUUCUCUUUUGCCUCGAGCGGACGCUCGUGCUCGGCGCCACCGCCCCGCUGCUGCAUCUCAUGACGGGCGAGGCCGUGACGGUGGCGCGGUCGCCGCGGAGUUUUCGCAUCUCGCGUGUCGACAGCACGGGCCAGUCGCCGCUCGAGGUGUCGUUGGACGUCCGAACUGGCCGGUUCGUCGUGCUUUGCUUGGUCGCGGCGCGGUCGCGGCUGGUCCAUGGCGCCACGUCGCAGCUGGAAACGGUGCUCAAUACCCAGUGCAAAGUGCAUGCCGCCAUCCCCGUCUCAUCGAGUACUAGUAGUACUAGUCGGCUCACCCUGGUGUGGGAAGACGAGCCCGCCGUGCACAGCGCGCUGGCAUUUGCCUUGCGGGAAAUCGUCGCGUUCGAGCUGAGCUGCUUUGCCGCGUCAUGCGCCCACGUCGAAGUCCAGCGCCAUGUACAGAUCAACUGGGACAAGUACAUCAACUUUCGCCAGCAAACGGGCAACAGCAUCGACGCGCUAUCUCUGUCUCCACACGCGCUGUUCUUUCAGAUCGUGCGCAACAAAGAGUCGUCGGGGUACCUUGUGGUCGAGUUUGACCGGCUCGCCGACUUGGACACGGCCGACGUUGUCGCAUCUGCGACAGAGCACGAGUACGUUCGGUCGCCGUCGUUUUCGUUGCUCCAGCUGCAAACGUCGAGCAUUCCAUGCGCAGUGCAGUUUUUCCAGCGGUUUCCUGCGUUUCGAAAGGAUGCGAUUCCACCAUCGACUGCAAGGUCGUAUUUGUCCAAGAAGCGCAAACACACAACCGAUGACGACGUGACGCUGCCGUUUCUGUCGGCGCUGUUCCUCCAUGUGAUCAGCCUCUGCCAUGAACGCAUCCAGUUGCAGCAUUAUGUCAACUUUGCGCGCCGCCGCCGCGUCAAGAUCAAGUAUGCCGGCCAGGGCGGGACGGCGCUCGCGGGGGUGACCACGGGCGAGCAGAUUGUGUCGUUUCCGUUCCCGGAACGGUUCACGGUCGCGCCAUUGGCCAUUAAAGCCGUGCACGGGCACCUGCGAAAGUGUGGCGGGUUUGAAAUGUGUGUGCAGCUCACGGCCGUCCCGUUUGACUUUGUCGCCCCUACUACUAGUAAUACUAGUAGUACGACGCACCACUCGGCGACCGCCGCCGGCCACCUCAUCUUUCGGUACCCGCCCGUGCAAAAGUUCCAACCCGACAACCCCCUCGAGACGUUCAUGGCGGACCUGAUCACCCACGUGAAACCCAUGGCCGAGUUUGGGGUCAAGCUCCAGCGCACGCUGAGCGCCGUGGGACGCUACACGUCGAGUGCCGCCGACAUCCGCGACCAUUUCUACGUCGAGCGCGCCGAUCCAUUUGGGUUUGUGCUCGCGUGCCGCACGUCCAACCCCAAGCGGUGCGUCGCGGCGGGCUCGUCGGUCGACAACCUCGUCACAUAUCGCGUUACGAUUGAAUACAACCCCAAGAGCAAGUUUGUGCUCAGUAGCAGCCACAAGGCCGAGCACCCGCUACUGAAUUUUAUCCAAACUGCGUUCAACCUCCACGCGGACUCGGCCCAGCUGCUCGAGGCGCUCGAACGGACCACGAUUCCACUGGGCAUCUUGUCCAGCACGGUCAGUUCGCAGUUGAUUUCUGCCAAGUGCUACCGCCACCACGCUAAUGCGGCGCUGGAAAAGCCGCAGCAUCCGACGUCGGGGCCUGGAGGCGGCAAGAAAGGCGGCAAAGGCGGCAAAGGCAUGCGGCUCGGGUACAAAGUGAAACUACCUGGCGAAGAAAAGGGGUAUUAUGCUGAAAAGUCGUACGGCGGCGACGACAAGUCGUUUGUGCCGGCGGAAUUGCUGCUCAUUCCUCGGUCCCAGAACCACAUUCGACUCACGUAUGCCGAUCGAUGUGGUAUUGACAUUUAUUUCCUCGAGAAUGAAAAAGUCAACGUGCGCAGUGCGCCGUGUGGGGCGCGGGUGCCGUGCUGCAGCGCCGACGGCGGCAUCACCGUAUCGCAUGAAGGGUUUGGCGACCGGUUACGAAGUGUGAUUUUUCCGGAAAUGGCGUCGUUAUAAUAUCCCCCACGAGUCUAAAAAAGUAUUGUUAUUUCUCCAACCCCGCCACCCACCCACCACACGGGCUUGUCGUAUGUGCUACAGUAGUAAUAUUAUUCUAAUAUAUUCUAAACCCCC